AUGACCUUCCAAGUGUUUGAUCGAUGUGGAACUGUGAAGGCCAAAUCGAAGUUGGUGGGCGAGUCGGAUGAACACAGUUUGACGCUCCAGGCUCAAGCCGAAAAUGAGGCUAUUCGCUUUUGGCGAGUGUGUGGAUUUCGCCGUAUCGGAGCAUCUCACUGGUUUGCUUUUUUAUUUGAUUCUCAGCAUCCGUCUCGUGCUCUGGCUGCGGCUUCCGAUUUCGACCCGCGGAGAGACAAUAAGGAUGAUCCCGAGGAGGAAGCAUGCGAUGUAACAUUUCCAUUCACCAAGAUAAAAAGAAGGAGAGCGGAACGACUUCGCGACUCGUUGCGGCUGCAUCAUGCAGCUCUCACGCUAGAGGACGAUGAGCUCAGGGCGUUUUUCGUGGCCUUUUCUGACGACAAGACUGGCUGGGAUGAAGUAACAGGUUUUGAAGCCACACUUCUGCAUCUCACAGCUUGUGAGUUCAAACCUCUCAGUACUCAGUGGCUACUUGAGAAUGUUGCCCAAGCCGACUCCUGGAAGGCGGCUCGGGAUAUUGGUGGGUACACCCCACUUGAAGCAUUGAAGGACAAAUUAGAGACCAUGCGAACCCAGAAGAGGCUUGUUCUUUCUCGAAGGACCGUGGACGCAUCAGACUACUUCAGACGGUUCCCCGACACCGCAGUGUCCUGUCUCUCUCUGCUUUCAGGACAGGAUACUCCAGUGCCUAAUGACGAAUGCCUACGAAACGGAUGUACAUGCGGAGAGUGCGUGGGAGGGUCUCUAUCCGCCAGAAUGAGACUCUAG